AUGGAAGCUAAUGUGUGUUCCCCAAUCCAAAUAUUUGUGACUUCCUCAGACAAAGAUCUGGUUCCCACUAGCUUUGUCGUGACUUCGCAUCCUGCUAGUUCAGCGUUAAGAUUGUUACAAUACAUUCAUUUUAAAAUUUAUGAACAAUUACAAGCAUCGACUACUGAGUUUUUGGUUAUCGAUUCCAAUUCGGAUAAUGUUGAAAAUGAUAUAUCUAGGUUAGGUCAUGUCUCAGAGUAUCGUUUGGUUUACAAACAACAGACUUUGAGAUUGAGUACCUCGUUAAAAGAUUUAUCUAGAAACCAUAUUCAAACGUUUUUGAAAAUUCAAAUUGAGAAGAGUGAUAAAAAAAUUAAAUAUCUACAGAACUUAAAUUAUAAUCUCUACUCUGAAUUUAAUAAUUUGAGAAUUAAACUUGUGGUGAAUCUUGAUUCCAAAGCUUCAUCAUUUUUAGAAAUCAUUGAAGAUGAUAUUCCACUUAAAACUACUUUAAACAUUUUAAAGUCAAGAAUAAUUGCGGAUAUACGAAAGUAUGAAACUGUCCAGAAGGGGAAAACCGAUUGUGGAAUAAAAUCUAAACAUAUUGAAUCCGACUUAACAGAAUUAAGGAUCAAUGGCAAGAAGAACACAAUUUAUUUAAACGAAUCGCAACAAAAAGAUUUAUAUAAUGAUUUAACGUUGGGGGAAUUGCUAGAAUUUGAUUAUUCACCUUCAAAAAAUGCGUACUUUGUUAUGGAAUACAAAAUGAUACAUGGAAAGAACAGAUAUAAUAAAAAUGAAUAUUAUACGAUUCAUUUCAACACUGACGUCCAGUUACUGGCAUAUACCAUGCAAAUCACAGAUGACACGACUGUUGAUGAUAUAAAAGAUUAUAUUUGCGAAGCUUAUUCAAAUGCAUUACGGUUGUAUCAUAGAGAUAUUUCAUUAUACUAUAAGGGACAUCGUUGUAAUUCAACAAAUGCAAUGGGCGAAUUUUUAAAGGUGACGGAAUAUAUAGAGAACCCAAAUGGGGCACAUAUUGAUGUUGUAAUUGAACAAGAAUUCAUUGAACCAGGACCUGGAUUUUGGGCUGAACUAUUCAAUAGUCCCUAUAGAUUUAACUUUAUGCAUUCGGGGUCCUACUGGGAUCCUCAUGGCGAAGAAAAUGUACCCAACUCAUCCGAUAACGAGUCUCGACAUAAUAUCAGCGACUCACAGUCAGUGGAAGAAGCUGAGUUGAAUAAAAAUAUAAAAUUUAUUACCGAACUUGGUUCUGAAAUAGUACGAAAAGACGAGUACUAUAUAAAAUGUACAACAAGCAAUAACGAAGAAGUUUAUGUAAAGGAAGAGAAUUUAACACUAGAAACAUAUUCGCUGGAAGUUGAGGAUGGAAAAUUGCUAAACAUCAACAAUAAUAAUGUCAACGUCUUUCAAAAUGAGAUAUAUUUAGAGAGCAAAACAGUAAAUAUGUUUUCCAAAAUUAACGAUAAAUCUAUGGAUGUUGAAUUAGAGGUCCCUAAGCUAUCUGAUAUAACUUCUUUACAAUCGUCUGGUACGGAUUAUUUCAGUUCUGACGCAGGAGAAUCUUAUCUACGAUCACAAGAUAGGAGGUCAAGACGGAGGGCCACUAGUCAAGUUAACAGGAACAACAAAUAUAUUGACAAUGUUGGAAUAUUUUUGUCAAUAUUAAGAAGCAAAUACAUAAAGGUAUAUCCAAUAUUAAUUAUAUGUUUAAAGACGUCUAGUUUGAUUUUUUUCAACAUUUUAUUUCCGAUUUACAUCAUUUAUCAAACAGAAGUAUAUUUUUCCAGGAUUCUCUCGAUUUCUAUUUCAUUAUUUCUAAUCUUUAAAAUGUUCAUAUCUGGACAAGAAAUCAUCAAACUUUGGAGGAAGCAUUUAAUCAAAUCCAAAAUAUUGAAUGACACAACUUUUAACAUGAUAAUACGCUACAUAAGGGAGGGCAAAUUGUCGUCGGAAUUUUACAUCAAUAAUAAGGAUAAUUUUAACGUCAUUGACAUAUUAUUAACGCCGUCAUUGAAAUCCAAAAGACAUCAUGCGUUGCUUAAAAUAAAGCAAGAACUCGGGGAAGAUAAUUUAAAUCUAAACAACAUCGAUGAUUUGAAAAACUUAAAAGUUGUUUUCAAUUCAAUAAGCGUCAACAAGGAAUGGAAAAAAUUAUUAGAUUCUUUAUAUAUCAGUUGGAUAAUAAAUUAUCGAAAACAAAUCGAAGAAAACGGACCUGAAGAUAUUAAUGACUUCAUAAUCCUACUAUACCAGGAAAUAAACGGAAUACAAUUACCUAUAUAG